AUGACUGAGCCAUCUAGCGAAGACCCAAAGUUGGAGUUGACAGAUGAAUUACGACACGAGUUUCGAAAACUCAUGGAAGACGAAUGGGCUUUCUUGGACAAGAAGCACACCGGCAGAGAGAAAAGCCCAUUGACGAUUGCGGAGAAUUCUUGGCCAAAAUCCAAAUACCACCUGUUCAUAGACUGGAAUUGGAAUCCUGACGAGCCACACAGCACGGCAUUCCUGAGAAUUAAGAUCAGUGCCCAGUUCGAGGCUUCAAGGCUGACCCCAACUGACUUUUGCGAAUUAAUCAAGUCCCUUGAUAUCUGGGACCCGAAGCAGGUUAGUGACUUGAGAACGAAAACCGACUGGGGGUGUUACCACAGGCGCCUGGGCCUGUACGGUCGUCCAUGGAUCCCAUUCCUGCUAUUCAAGUAUGGACGAAUGUAUUUUUAUAUCAACGCGCAUCCAUAUAUCUCCCCUGGGUGCACUCUCGUCCCUAGGAACAUACGAAAGCAGAAAGUGAUUGCUUCAAUGGAAUCACGCUGGGUCGAGUAUGACCCUCCAAUCAUAAUCCCGCCCCAUCUCCGAAGUUCAGAAGACACAGAAUACAGUUCAACCUUACGUUAUGGCCUGGCGAUUGGAAAAAUAGCAGCCUCGUUGGACGAUGAUGUCGACGAUACCGACGAACGCAGGGCUCGAGAAGUACCAUUGGACGUCUUGCUUCAUCCUGCCGACAAGAGUUUUUGGAUAGUCUUCCAAAGCUUCGGGUAUUUGCCUGAUUUUUUACAACGAUACGACUCUGUGGAAGAGCAACAGCCGAUAAGGAGGACAUACCGUGGCACUUACUUGUGGAAAUGGACUGAAGCCGACCAACCGGUCGCGGUUUGGCGCAUGCCAUUCUCGGAUGUACAACGCAUCGCACAAAGCCGCUCUUAUUCUGGUGGAUACAUCAGUAAGGUCAAUCCAGAGGUCGGCGGAGACGAGAAGGACAGCCCUAGACCCCAGGUGAUCGUAGACGCCCGUGAUCCUGUUUGGAACUCGUGGAACUUGCAGCGACCAAUUCAAUAUUAUGCCGAGGAAGCUGGAUUAGAGAAGUAUCGCGAUGAACUUCUGAAGUCAGCGGUUUCAGCUCAUGAUGAUUCGAAUGAUCCGCCGGCGGUUCAACCAGGACCAAGCGAUUCAAUGACCAACUAG